UUUCUUUCAAGUGAGUUUUUGUUCGUUGAACAUCUCACAUCGGGAGGGACUGCGUUCACAAACUCUGUGCUGCAGGAGGGUGAUCUCAAAAUUUAAAGACAACAGAAAAAGAAGAAGUGGGCAAACUUUUACGAUGGCGUCCGUAGGAAUGCAAGUAAUGGGUGUGACGCUGGCUCUUGUUGGAUGGAUCGGAGUUGUAAUCAUCUGCGCUCUCCCCAUGUGGAGGGUGACAGCGUUCAUCGGCAACAACAUCGUGACGGCUCAGAUCUUCUGGGAAGGCAUAUGGAUGAGCUGUGUGGUGCAGAGCACCGGGCAGAUGCAGUGCAAGGUCUACGACUCCAUGCUGGCUCUCCCCACAGACCUCCAGGCAGCCCGAGCCCUUAUAGUGGUCGCCAUAGCGGUGGGCAUGAUAGGCAUCAUAUUGGCUUUUGUUGGUGGAAAGUGCACAAACUUUUUGAAAGACGCGGAAGCUAAAAGGAAAGCCUGUAUCGCGUCUGGUGCAGUUUUCAUAGCUACCGGAGUCCUCUGCUUGAUUCCUGUCUGCUGGUCUGCCAACGCCAUCAUCAGGGACUUCUACAACCCUCUGCUCACUGAUACCCAGAGAAGAGAGCUUGGCGCUUCCCUCUACAUUGGCUUUGGAGCCUCAGUUCUGCUGGUCCUUGGAGGGGGCCUGCUUUGUAGCACCUGUCCACACAAAGAAGAGAAAGCCUACUCUUUUAAAUAUUCUGCUCCAAGGUCUACAGCAUCAGCCAAAUCAUAUGUGUGAUACUCCACGUAAAAUAUAAAAAUACCCUUCCUGACUGCACAGCGGUACAGAGACCUCUAAUGGAUACAAGCCUUUUUUUGGAAGUCAGUAUUUUGGAAAUGUACCACUGUCUGUACCUUUCAUAUCUUUUCUUGUAAGAUUACGUACAAGCAUGGCUUGUAGAUAAGGUAUAGGCAAUUUUUAUUUUAUGUAGGUGUGCAUACUUUUACAUGCAUGUUCUUUGUGAUGUGUUGUAUUUAAAAAUAAAGAGUCUUUUGUAAAGUCACAUACUUUAUUGUUUGUGUGUGGUUGUGAAAUUGACCUUCUACCUUUAAUAUUGUUUAGAAUUUGUUAAUUAUAAUUUUGUUUUUAAUUUAGAUUAUAACCGCACAGAUACCAUUUUUGUCUCUGUAUAAAAUGAAGUUUGUAGCAAUGUGGAAUUUUCUGAAAGUUUUACUCUUUAUGUAUUAAAUACUGUGUCCUGAUGUGAAUACUCACCAAUAUCUGCUUUAUUCUUGGUUACUUUUUGUGACAAUUAUUGGAAUUGUACAUGUAAAUAAAUGACAGAAUUGUACUUUUUACAAUGAAUUAAUAAUGAACCUCU